UCAAGGUUUCGCUUUCGUCUUCCCGAAUCCGAAUUCGACCUCCCCCAUCGAACCGUCCUUAUCAUUACUCGGCUCCACCUCCCGGCCACAAAACAAAAUAAGGGACAAGCUCUCUCCCCAUUCCUCGAUCCAUUCUUAUCGUCCUGCAUAAGCUGAUAGACAGAGCUGCUCCAGGUCAACGCUAAUGGAGUGGGGAGUCCGUUCCCUGCUCAACCCCCUCCUGCUGCUGCUCCUCCUCCCCUCCUCGGCCUUUCUCCUCCCCAAGGAGUCCCUCCCCACUAAAUCCGGCUACCUUCCGGUGAACCUCUCCACAGGCUCCGCCGUCUUCUACGCCUUCUAUGAGGCCCAGCAGCCCGCCUCACCGCCCUCUCAGACCCCGCUCCUCAUCUGGCUCCAGGGCGGCCCCGGCUGCUCCUCCAUGAUCGGCAACUUCUAUGAGCUUGGGCCCUGGAGGGUCAGCGCCGGCUCCUCUGCUAAGCAAAAUGUCGAACACCUCUCCCUCGAGCGCAACCCGGGCUCGUGGAACCGGCUCUUCGGCCUGCUCUUCCUCGACAACCCGAUCGGGGUCGGGUUCAGCUUCGCUGCCACCGCUGAAGAGAUCCCCCGAGACCAGCGCUCAGUAGCGGAGCACCUCUUCACGGCGAUAGCCGGAUUCCUCGCGCUCGACCCCGAAUUCAAAUCCCGCCCAAUUUACGUUACAGGUGAGAGCUAUGCGGGCAAGUACGUGCCCGCCAUUGGAUACUACAUCCUGAAGAAGAACUUGGAGCUGCCCGUUUCGCGGAAGGUCAAUUUGGGCGGCGUCGCAAUCGGAAACGGGCUGACAGACCCGGUGACUCAGGUCGCCACCCACGCCCUGAAUGCUUACUACUCCGGCCUGAUCAACGACAAGCAGAAGGACGAGCUCGAGAAGGCGCAAUCGGAGGCGGUGAGUCUGACCCGAAUGGGCAAUUGGAGCGAAGCGACCGAUGCCAGGAGCCACGUCCUGAGAAUGCUGCAGAACAUGACGGGGCUCGCUACGCUAUACGACUUCACGAGGAAGGUGCCCUACAGGACAGAAUGGGUGACGAGGCUCCUGCAGUCGAACGAAGUGAAGGCGGCUCUCGGGGCUAGGGAAUCGAUUAAAUUCGAGGAGUGCAGCGACAAGGUGGGGUCCGCGCUGCAUGCGGACGUGAUGAAGAGCGUGAAGCCGAUGGUCGAGUACAUGGUGGGGAGCGGGCUGCGGGUGCUGCUGUACCAGGGGCACUCGGACCUGAGGGACGGGGUGGUGUCGACGGAGGCGUGGGUGAGGACAAUGAAGUGGGAUGGGAUCGAGAGGUUCAUGUCGGCAGACCGGAAGGUGUGGACGGUAAAGGGGGAGCUGGCCGGGUUCGUGCAGAAAUGGGGCAGCCUGAGCCACGCCGUGGUGCUGGGGGCGGGCCAUCUGGUCCCCACCGAUCAGCCUGUCAACUCUCAGGCCAUGAUUGAGGACUGGGUGUUGGAGAAGGGGCUGUUUGGGGAGGCACAAGGGGAGAGUAUUGGAACAAAGGAUCCCGUUGAGAUUUGAUUUGUUCGGUUUUGAUCCUAUUUGGAAGUAGCUCUCUUGUAUGAAUUCUCACUAUAUGUGUGUGUGUGUGUGGAAAACAAAAAGAAGAAUAAGUUCCACAUCUUCUUCCUCGGCUAAUCGAUUGGUGUAGUGCAAUCAUCAUCGUCGACACGGUCACACGGAUCUAAAAGGUUCGAGUUUAACUCUUAUCAAUGACUCCGGAAAAGAAAAAAAAAAUCCACAUCUAUUUCUUCUUAAUGUUAUGCAGUGAUUUUAGUGA